AUGGAGGAUGUUUUAAAUCGCGUCAUCUAUGGACUUCUUAGUUUAGAAGAAUUGUUAAGCUGGUUGAAAUCCGAUCUUUGUGUGUCUGAGGAACUCAACCUUGCCAACAAACUGGAAUUUGUGCGAUUCUUUUUGAAAUAUGUGAGAAAAAAUACCUCUUGGGUUUUGAGUAACAAUGUAUCUUCGUCGGCAAAAACGGCUUCAAGGCAAAAUCUAAAUGCUGUGAAAAGCAUGAGUCAUAGCAUGGGAUCGCAGGAAAAGAAAUGUGUCCCAAGAUUUGAAAAACAGCCCCACAGGAGUGGAGAUAUAAUUAUAAAGAAUGCAUCUGCAACAGUUUCACCCCCAGAUAUUUACAGUUUAGACUCAUUUCCACCUAUAGAAUGUAAAGUGCAAAGAAAUAAAACUAAAAGACGAAUUGCACCAACGCCUGCACCUCUGGCCAAUAAAGAAUCGUGGAAGUUUGGUCAUUCAGGAUUUGCAACGUUGACUACGGACGUUCCAAAUGAUGCUUUUAGAAAAACACCGUGCAUCGAAAACUCUGAAUAUAAUUUUGAUCAUGAACGAGAAAUGUUAAAACUAAGUAAGAACAGAUUUUUUCAGUCUUCCAGCAUAUCGAGAAACAGUAAUGUUGUGUCACCAGUGCACAAAAGUGUGAAUGCAGAUCAAAACAUUGUCCAGUUUAUUGUUCCCGAUCCAGGGUUAAUUAGUCACAGAGAGAAUGUAUUAGUUAUUGUAGAGAUCUAUAAUUUAUUGCUGCUUCUUCAUUUUGUUCCAAAUGUCACAGCAGAACUAUUUUUUAUCUUUAAGUUGCUGACAGCCAAAGUCACUUCUUUGCACGAACCUUCCGAAAAAAAUAUGUUUUGCUCAAUACAUAACUGCAUUCAUUUUGCUGUUUCUGUGCUAAAUAAACAGCAUGGUUUGCUGGAAAUCUUGGAUAAUAUCACAUUACGGACUUUGAGUGAAAUUCCGUUUUUAUCUAAAUUCUCGCCUGAAUUGGUGCAUUUUCUGAGAGAUUGCUUGUUUGAAAAAUUAGAUAAUACUACAAAUUUACCCGUUUCACAUUGUGUACCCUUUCUGCUAGAAAAUGACUGUAAAAACAACUUUCCUGAUGAAAAAUCUUUUUUUAGCUUUAAAAAGCAAAGAGAUUUGUUUUUUGAGUUACUGAAGGAAUGGGAUCAACAGUCCUCAACUUAUACUGAUUCAAAAUUUCAUAAUCGGUUCUUAUCUAAAGCGAAACUUCUCGUAAAUUUAGAUUCUUCCAGCACAAAUAUGUAUCAUCUUGCAGUUCUAUUUCAAUCUCAACUUAUUUCCAGCUGCUUACGUGUCGAAUUGGAUGAAACUAAUGAUACUUUUUUUAAUGAAAUGCAAAAGAAUUUUCCUGGAAAAUUAGAAAAACUACAGGAACGUUUUGUAGUGCCUUUUCGACUCGGCACCUUUAACCCUUCUCCAAAGUUUUAUGGAGUGCAAAAUUUUUUUUGCGAGUUGAUUCAGGCUGCUUCAUCAUCAACUUUUAAUCAGCAUCUACUUGACGUCUUCCUUGCAAAAAUUUUGGACAUGAAUGAUGCUGACAUAUUUUCAGACGAACUCAGUUCGACGGAUACGGUGAAACAAAAGUAUAUAUCUUUACUUCAUUCUUUAAGAUUGCUUGGGAAAUUCCUUGGAUACAUUGUUUUUUUGCCAUACAAAGAUGAGAAAAUUUCUGAUAAUGAUAUAAAGCCUGAUGCGUCUGUAAGAAAAUGUAUAUCAUUCCCUUUAAAUGUACCUAACAUUCUGAAUGCUUCCAUGCAGCAACAAAAACUUAUACUGACAGUCCCUUGGGUUGUUGAAUAUCUAAGUAUGAUAGAACCUUAUGCGAAAGAUCAUGAAGAAAUUCGUGGAACUCUCAAAAUUCUUGCACUUAUACACAAAUCGGAAACUUUGAUGCCGCAACCUUAUAACUUUUGGUUUUUAAAGCUACUAAUUGGUUGGUUGUUUGAUAUUUUACAUUAUGAAGAAACAUAUCAAACUGAGUUAUUUACUGUACAGAAAAGUGGUAAAGAUAAUAGAGUGAAUUCUUCGAACAAUAAAGAUAAUAGAGAGAAUUUAUUAAACAGUGGAGAUAAUAGAAUGAAUUCAUUGAAGAGUGAAGAUAAUAGAGUGACUUCUUUGAGUAAUGAAUACAUUAGAGUGGAUUCUUUGAAGUUAAUUGACAAACAAAUUAUUCAUUCUUGCUGUCCAUAUUUAGUUGAAUUUAGAGUUCUGAUCUGUUCCUUCAUGAAUCGUGUAAAGCAUCGACAUCCCGCUGUAAAAAAAAUAACUCCCGUUUCGACUGCAAAGUUACCGACUGCUACUCUCAGUAGCAAACAAAAAGUGCAAAAACAAUUAGUAGAAACAUUUUUAUUUUUUAAUCCAGCCCUAAAAGAAACUGUUGAAUUUGUUGCAGAAAUUAUCACCCUAAAAUUUGUUCAGAAAAUACAAUCAGAAGUGAAAAGCCUAAAACUAGAGUGUUUCAAAAAUAUUGUUCACAAUGAAAAAUAUAUUGCUGUCUCACUUUCUGAUGCAAAAUUGCGUUCUAAAGUAAUUGAUGAAUUAGUUGAUUUUCAUUUUUCUCGAGUGUUUUCAAAGCUAAAUUUGUAUAAAUUAUUUUCGAAGUGUUGUGAAGAAGAUAUUAGCAGAACGAUUCCUAUUCUGCUUCCUGAUGGCACUAAACCCCAAGUGCUGGAAAUGUGUUCUCAACUUACUUUUCAACGGACCAUGAAUAUGUUGAGUGAAUGGUGGGAUGCAAAAUUAAGAUUCAGUGCUAUGAAAUCUGAUAUUCACAACAAAGUUUAUAAUCACACUGAAAAAUUUGAAAAUGUAAUUACAUAAUGUCAUAUCUGCAUUGAUGGUAAGAUUUGGUUCAGAAUACCAAGUGAUUUUCAUCUAAUAGAACUGUAACAUGUUUUUAGUUUUCUGUAAACUCUUGAUUAUCCCCUUUCAAUGAUAUCAAACAUUUCAAGGUCAUAGAAAUCUAACUAGUUGAAGCCUGACUUUUUCAUACAUAUACUUCAUAAAUAUGAAACAAGUCAGCAGAUUAGUUUUGAUAAAAAAAUAAAACAAUAGUUUAAAAAACUAAAAAAAUACAUGCUUUUGUUGCAUUAUGAACCAAAAAGUAAAAAAUAAUCUUUAGAAGUUAAAUAUGAUAAAAUAACUUACCAAAUAAUAACCUUUAAUGUAAAAAACCUAUAAGGUGCAGUCUAUUUACAUUUUUGCUAAAGGCAACAAAUGGAAGAAAUUUAAGACGACUGAUAUGAAGUCCCCCACCCCCCAUGCUUUUUUAGUUAAUUGUUUGCUCAAUCAUUACUAUACUUAGUAUUCUACUUUUUUGUUCAUAUUGCUUUUAAAGCGUGUGUUUUUUUUUUUAAUUAGUUUUUUAAGCUAUUAUUUUGUCUUAUUUUUAGUUUUACUUGUUUUAUGAAAAACUUGAUUUUAUCAUAAUUCAAGAAUUUUUACAUUCAAGAAAUUUCUCAAAAAAUAACUAAAAUGCUAUGGCAACAUUCAAAACGAGGAUCUCUUGAACUCCAAAAAGAACCAUUAUACUCCUUAAGGUAUAACAGUCAAGCUCUAAUAAUGUUCAAUUAAUCGGACAAAUAUCCUGUCGAGUAAUUACCUAAUAAUCUAACUAAUCCAUACCAAUCAUCAGUGUAAAAAUAAUGUUUAUAUUUAUUUCUUUAAAAUUCGAGACACAUUUCAAUAAAAGCAUUGUGCAACAAUGAAUUCCCAAUUAAAGACUCACCUAUAUUUUGGCAUGAAAUCAGGUUAAAACUUAAUAAAAUUCCUAAUCUAAUUGCCUGAAUUGAUAAUGGAAUCAAUUUUAUCUGAUCAGUAUUCUAAUUUUCGCAAACAUUUUUCAUCCUCAUAUUAGUGAAUUUAUGCAAAAAUGUUAAUUAAAAUUUGAAUAAACUAAUAACUAAUUUGAUUAUAGAAUAUUGCAUUGUCAUUGGGUCUGAGGUUGCACGCCAGAUUUUAAAUGAAUCCAAUCGCAAAAAAUGGGCAAAAUUUGAGUUGUGCUAUUCUGUUACAAGAUACAUACAUACAUACAGGUGGAGCUAAUAAAAGCGUGUUACAGUAGACUCCCGAUUGUCCGCGAGCGGUUUAUCCGCGGGGCGGAUUAUCCGCGAAUCAAUCGACAAUCACGGAUAUGUAUUUUCGCAGUAAAAAGCUAAUACCAGUGGCUCUUUUUUUUUGAAAAAUUGUAAAUUUACACUCAAUUGUUUUUGCUUGAUUGAUUGAUUUGAUUUAAUUUUAUUAUUAUUAUUAUUAUUAUUUUUGUGCAUUCUUCAUCGUACAUACACUUGUUUGUUAUUGAUGUUAAGUUCAGUUGUGCCAAAAUACAAAACAGUUGUACUGUACUCUAUAUAUAUAUUUUCACUGUUUGCAGAAAGUGUUAUGCAUCAAUACAGUUAAGAAUUUGAGAUAGGACAAUUUUUACCUGAUUUGUCCCCCAUUUUAGUCUUUUUGCGGUUAUCUGCGAUUUUUUUUAUCCGCGGCACUUGCGCCACCUAAUUCCGCGGAUAAUCGGGAGUUUACUGUAAUUAAAAAAAAGAAAAACCCUCCCUUCCCUUACACAUUCUGUUUGCAAAUUUGCUUAUGUUUUUAAUCCUUUUGCACGAGCGAUUCUUUUGUAUCUUAUUCAAAAAUUUUUUAUAUACAGUGUUAUUUUAGCUUUAGUUUACAGGGUUCCCAUUAUAAGGGAAAAGGUGGGUGAGAAAAUCUUACCCUUAGCUGAAAUUUGAGUGGAAUUUUUAAAAAUUGAGUUUAUAAAAUAUUUAUUCCUCAAAAGAUUACAAUGUUUAAAGAUUAAGGGUUACUACACCCUAAUUUUGUAUUGGGGAAAUUUAUUUCAGGUUUCCAAACCCAACUGUGACAAAAAAUUGUCUUGUUUAUUCCAAGGUAUUUACACACUUUCAAUAAAUGAAAAUUAUUGAAGUUUUAUCUUUUGAAUGAAUGAAAGU